AUGGCCUAUACGAGAACACCUUACUGUUAUCAGCCAAACUAUGCAUCCAGUGCAUACUCUGGCCCCUCAACCUCUCUACGUCCAUCCUUCGAGACGAACGGAGAAUCCAACCCUCCGUCUCAUUGUGAUACAAAUGAAUACUUCUCUAGAUCCCAGUCUCGUUCCACCAAUAUCUCUUCCGUUUCGCUGCCCCACUUGACGGUCGAAGAUACUACUAGCCCAACUAGGCCGGCCAAUCUGGAGAGACUGAUCAGAGAACAUCUGAAAACAGAUGAGGGAAGAAGUGAUCUUCAGGCUUGGUUGGAUGAAGGCCAGGAGGUGGCUAGCGAGUUUACUCCUGAACCACCCAAGAAUGUCAAUGACUACAUUCAGUCUUUUAUCACCAAAGCCACCACCGUAAUCCAUAACGGCUGUAAGAAGUCCAAAGAUGGCGUCAGAAACCUCGGGAUCCUCCGCAAUAGAUCUAUGGUCAAUCUUAAUGACCAUAACCUCAGAAAUGAUACUCGCAAGCAAGAUGCAAUCUACUUCUUUGCCCGCAUCGACAAGAAGUUGUAUGAUGCUGCCAAAUCGACCAAAAAGGCAGUUGUAAGGUCGGGAAACAUGAUUAUGGGGAAGGAGAACAAGACGAAGAGUGAGCGUUGGCAAGACGAGUUGAAUAAGAGCUAUAGAGCUAUGAUGCACAAAGAGUCCCCUGCAAAAUAA